CAUAGCAGAAGGAAAUGGGACGGAUAGCUUUGGAGAGAUUUGUGUCUUAUUGUCCCUCGAAAAUAUGAAUUGAAAUGGAAUAAAAUAUGUCUGUAUGCUAUCUUUCAUAGCGAGGUAAUUUGCGACACGUAAGCAACGUUGGCGCUAAACCUACAGUUACAUAAUAAACGUUAUUUAACGUGGGCCGGCUUUGUGUGGAGAAGCCAAAGGCCUACACAUCGCUAAGCUUAGCUACCAGCAUGUAUCCCUCCUGGGGAAAUUACGGCGGUGGCCAUCAGCCUCCUCCUCAGCCGCAUUUCGGCGUUAGACCGCCGCAUUUACGGGGACCGCCACCGGCGGGAGGUGGAUUCGGCGGAUAUGGGGCGCCUGCGCCCGCACCGACCCAGUCCAACUUCUCGAGUCUGCGGGAGCAGCAUCUUCAGCAGAUGCAGCAACUGCAGCAGCUGCAUCAGAAGCAGCUCCAGUCGGUGCUCCAUCAUAACACCGGCCCCUAUGGCGGCGCACCUCCGGGCCCUUGGCAGGGCAGCGGCUCGGGAUUUUCGAGCCUGGGUCCCGGAGCCCCGUCUCCUUCCAAUUUCCAAGACCAUCAGCCACCGAGGGGUCCCUCCGUUCCUCCACCGCUGCAGCAGCCACCUCCACAGCCGGUACAGCAGCCACAGUCUGACGCACAGCGCCCCCCGCCCGAACCAACACCUCCGGUGCCUCCCCAAAACAGUUCCAGCAUCGCACCUCAUCAAGCAAAUAAACACGAUGCCGCAGUUAAAAAAGACACACCUGAGCCCAGCAAAGCGGAGGAGGAGGAGAAGCCAGAUUUUUCUUCUAUGACUCUGCAGGAGCAGCAGCAGUACUGGUAUAAACAGCAUCUCCAGAAUCUGCAGAGGUUGAAAAACGAGAAGGCGAAACACAAUAAACCUCAAGGAGACAGUCAACCCCCACCUGCCAGUCAGAUCCCUGCAGCCCCUCCCCCUCCGGCAGAGCCCCCCAAGAAUACGCCCCCACCGCCCCCACCGAAAGAAGAGCCCCCACCUCCGCCCCCUCCAGAGGACUCCAAGCCCAGCAUCAUCACCCCCCCAGGCGACCCGGCGGAGGCAGCGCGGCUGCAGCAGCUGCAGGCGGCGGCGGCUCAGUGGCAGCAGACACAGCAGCAGCGGGCGGGCUUCCAGUACCAGGCCCUGAUGCAGCAGCAUGCCCAGCUCCAGCAGGUCCUGCAGCAGUACCAGCAGUUCAUCCAGCAGCCUGCACACUUACAGACCAUGCCCGUGGAAAUGCAGCUCAGGCACUAUGAAAUGCAGCAGCAGCAGUUUGGCCCAGUGUACCAGGAGUGGGACCGGCAGUUCAAGCUGUGGCAGGAGCAGUUCCAGUCCUACCCACACAAGGACGAGCUGCAGGACUACGAGAGCCAGUGGAAGCAGUGGCAGGAACAGAUGAAGUCCACCUCCGUCCACCUGCAGGAGAGGGUCACCACCCUCAGGGCCAUGCAGCACCAGUACACCGGUGCCCCCUACGGGGGCAUGAUGGGCAUGGGACAGUUUGGGCAGUACCGCCCCCCUGUGCCGGAGGCCCCCAUGCCGUCGUCGCUCGCUGUUCCACCUGCCAUCCCCCCUCCCUCGAAGCUGGAGCCCACGCCUCCUCCGGUGCCCCCUCCGCAGUCCCCCCGGCCCACGAUGCCACAGGGGCCUGCCGUCCCUCCGCCACGCAUGCCACCGCCACCCACCACGGAGCCCCACCCCCCGCCUUCCACAGCCCCCGUUCCUGCGACUCCGGCUGCGCCCGCCCCUCCCGACCCCUUCCCUGCUGCUGGGCCACCGGUUCGGGGACCCAGGCCCCCUGGCCCACAGUCCCGCUUUGAAGGCCCAAGAGGCCCCAGGUUUGAAGGUCCCAGAGGCAACGGGUUCCCAAGGUUUGAGCCUCCGCCAAGAUUUAACGUACCACCACGGUUUGAGCUGCGACAGAGGUUUGACCAGCCGCCGAGGGGUAACCAGCCCGCCCAAUUCGGAGCGCCGGGAAGAUUUGACGCUCCUGCCAGGCCAAGCGGCCCCUCCCGAUUCGAGAGGCCUCCUGGACCCCACCUGCCGCCCAGGUUCGGCCUGCCGCCUAAGGCGGAUCCCACCACGGAAAAUAAACCACUUGCGGCUAAGGCUGAUGCACCCUCAGAUCCACAGUCACAAGGCAAACCUUCCGAAACACCCAAAAUGCAGGCGGUCGCUAAAGCAGAUGAGAAAGACCUGGAUUCCUGUGGAGCCAUGUCUGAUGACAUAUUGGACUCGGGAGAUGGCUUUUUCAUCCAAAGCGAACCUAUACCUCAGACCACGGUCAAGCCAGAGACACAGAAGAAACCCGAAGACCUGGACAAGGAAAGCGGCAACAAGUCCAAACCAGCGGCCGAUGCUGUGGGCGCCAAGGUGCCAGUAUCUGCAGAGCACCCCGUUCCGCCGAACCAGACUCCCAUAAACGGCAACAAGGGCCCCAUAAAUCAAGGAGGGGGCCCUGCAAAUAGCGCCAUCGGCGGAGGGGUGCCACAGCGACCCCAGCCUCCCGGACCCCCUCCGCCCAAAACUGGCGCUCCCGAGCCUCCUUCCGGGUUCCACCAGAAGGACCACCCGAUGGGGCCACUGCCAAUGGGGCCGCUGCCAAUGGGGCCACCGCCAAUGGGACCACCAGCCAUGGCGCGCGGGAGGGGGCGUGGGCUGCCGCUGCCACCUCCGGGCCGGGGGCAGGGGCGAGGGCAGCCUGGGGGACCUGUGGGACCCCCGUGCGGGUUCAGCCCCAGUUCAGGCUCACGGGCCCAGGACAUGGAUCAGAUGGAGUACGACUACAGGCCUCAGCACGGGGAGGAGGAAGGCUAUGAAUGGCAGGACCCUGCGUUAGACGGGAUGCACGGGAGGAGGCCGCCACCCCCUCAUGAGGAGAUGUGGGGCGGGGAGGAGGAGGAGGAUGAACACUACCAAGAGGAAUACUAUGAAGAGCCAGGAAGAGGAGGCCCCCCUCUGGGCCGAGAGCCCCCCGAAGGGCCUGGGAGGGAGAGACACUGGAAAGAGCAGGAGCCCGAAUACUGGGAAGAGGGAGACCCCUACUGGAUGGAGAGGAGGCCCCCGAUGCGCCAUGGGCCCCCAUUCCCCCACGAGGAGAGCAGACGCCCUCCCCCUCCGCAUGGGCUCAGGCACCACGGCCCCAGGCGCCCCCCGUUUCCUCACGAGGACAUGGAGCAUGACCCUUGGGGCCCGCCACCGCCACCGCGCCACGACAUGAUGGAGCGGGACCCCAUGGGCCCGCCCCCGCGCCGCGAUCAUGGGCCCCCGCGGCCGCCCCUUCACCCGGACAUGCUGGAACGGGACAUGCGGAGGCCCCCUCCGUCAACGCGGGAUGCACUGGAGCGGGACCUCAGGGGACCGCCCCCCUACCACCGGGAGCCAAUGGAGCGGGACCCAGGCUGGCCCUGCCCGCCCCACGACAGAGACAGGCGACCCCCGAUGCCUCACGAAAUCCUCGAGAGAGACUCAAGGAGGGGACCUCCCAUGGGCCACGAUGGGAUGGAGAGGGAUCUGCGCCGCCCCCCGCCCCCCCACGAUGGCCCAGACCGAGGCAUGGAGCACGGAAUGUAUGACCGGGGUUACAGGGGAGAGUUCAGGCCUGAGGGAGAUGAGUAUAGGAGACCGCCGCACGACUACCACUCCCAGGAUUAUGAGCGCGAGGAGGACUUCUACCCCCCUCAAGGGGAGUGGGAAGGGGAGCGCCGAGACAGGGAGUAUCCCCCUUACCCUCCGCGAGGGCCUCCGGAGCGUUUCCGGGAAGACCAGUGGGCUGGGGAACGGGAGCGGCCGUACCCCUAUGAGGGAGAGGCCCGUGAGAGGGGGGAGCUCAGGGCACGGGAGUACCCAGAGGAAUCUGCGUAUCGGCGUGAUGAGCCUGCUUACCCGCCUCUACCCCCGCCAGAGUGGGAGAGGCCCCUGCCCGAAAGAAGCUUCCCCCCGGAGGAGCGAAGGCCCCUGUAUGAGGCCUGUCCUGAACCUCCUGUGGAGCUGCCCCCACCCACUGUACCGGCACCACCUCCAAAUCCAUCAGAGACCCCCCUGGACCAGGCCUCACCUGGAGCUGGCAAGGGUAUCCUGGCUCUUUCUCAAAGGCAACAUGAGAUCAUUUUGAAAGCUGCUCAGGAGCUUAAAAUGAUAAGAGAACUCCAGGAAAAUAAAAAUGUAAUGGGUGACUUCCUCAAACCUGAGACCGUGGAAGUGCAGCCUGAGAUCCCUCCUGGCCUGCUGGGAUUGGAGAUUCCCCCGGAAGUGAGGAGCGCCCUUCAGGCCACCAACCUUAGGGCUGAUCCAGGACAGGCCCCUCCCGUUUCUGUGGGGACGUGGGAGGCUGGACCAGUCCCCCCGGUGACAGAUCCAGGUUAUAUGAUGGCACAGCCUCCUGCCAUGGAUGGGAAGCCCCUGGCCGCACCCAUCGUCCCAAAACCACCUAUCAUCCCGAAGACUGUAGACUAUGGCCACGGGCACGAUGGUGGCUCUACAGUGGAGCGGAUCUCUUAUGGCGAGAGGAUCGUGUUAAGGCCUGACCCGCUGCCGUCUGAGAGGCCCUAUGAGAAAGAGCCCCUGGGCCCAAGAGACCCCUAUGAUCGAGACCCUUACUACGACAGACGACUGGACCCAUACAUGGACCGGCGGGACUACAGCAGAGAGCGCGACCGAGAUCUGUACCAGGACAAGCCACCCCUGGACUACGACAGGGAGCGCUAUGAGAGAGAACGCUAUCUGAGAGACGAUAGGCUGCCCCCGGGGCCUCCGCCACGCCCGGUGGGCUACAGGGAACGGGAGAUGCGGGACAGCCGAGAGCGGGAUCGUGAGGGCCGCAGCAGUCGGGACCGCGACGAGCACUACGGCAGGCCCAUGUACGACCGCCCGCCCUACGAUCGCGUCCCCGAGCGGCCCAUCUACGACCACGGCCCCUCGGCCUACCCAGGUGACCGGAGGCCCUUCCCCGAGGAGCGGCUCCCUGUCCCUGCCCCGCCAAAACCACCCCCGCCACCAGCACCACCACGGGUGGAGAAGAAACCGGAGACCAAGAACGUGGACGACAUUUUGAAACCACCGGGCAGGGAGAGCCGCCCGGAGAGGAUUGUUAUUAUAAUGCGAGGGCUGCCUGGAAGCGGCAAAAGCCAUGUGGCAAAGCUGAUCCGGGAUAAAGAGGUAGAAUGCGGAGGUGCGCCCCCUCGGGUUCUUGGGCUGGAUGACUACUUCAUGGCGGAGGUGGAGAAGGUGGAGAAGGACCCCGACACAGGGAAGCGGGUCAAAAGCAAGGUGAUGGAAUAUGAAUAUGAGCCGGAGAUGGAGGAAACGUACCGUAACAGCAUGCUGAAAACCUUUAGGAAGACACUGGACGAUGGCUUUUUCCCGUUCAUCAUAAUUGAUGCAAUCAAUGACCGGGUUAAAUAUUUCGAUCAGUUCUGGAGCGCAGCCAAGACCAAAGGUUUCGAGGUGUACUUGGCUGAAAUCACUGCAGACAACCAGACUUGUGCCAAGAGAAACGUUCAUGGGCGAAAGCUGAAAGACAUUGUGAAGAUGGCUGCUAACUGGGAGCCCUCCCCCCGGCACAUGGUGCGGCUGGAUAUCAGGUCCCUGUUACAAGACGCAGCCAUAGAAGAGGUGGAGAUGGAAGACUUUAACCCAUCAGAGGAGGAGCAGAAAGCCGAAACCAAGGAAGCUGCCGCGGAGGAAGAGGAGGCGGAUCUGGGUUACAUUCCAAAAAGCAAAUGGGAGAUGGACACUUCCGAGGCUAAACUGGACAAGCUAGACGGACUGGUGAGCGGUGGAAAGAGGAAGCGAGAUGAGGACAGUAUGUCCGGCAUGGAGGACUUCCUUCAGCUCCCUGACGACUACGCCACCCGAAUGUCAGAGCCAGGAAAGAAGAGGGUGCGGUGGGCAGAUCUGGAAGAGAAAAAAGACGCUGAUAGGAAACGUGCUAUCGGCUUUGUAGUGGGACAGACGGACUGGGAGAAAAUCACUGACGAGAGUGGACAGCUCGCUCAACGAGCCCUCAAUCGCACAAAGUAUUUCUAAGAAGAGUAUUUCACAGUGCAAUCUGUCGGCUAAUUCAGAUCCCUGACUGUGGGGGGAAGAAAACCCUGCUCCACCGAAGUUGAAAAGAGAGGCUGUUGUAUUCAUCAUUGGGUCCCAAGAAAAGUUUUUCAUUUUCUUCAGUUACUCCAGUUUGUUUUUUAUUUCAUGCUUUAAUGGUAAAUCCCCGUGAUGACGAUCCAAGCAGUCCCUUUAGCUGUGCUGGGUGUGCUUCUCAUUUUUUAUACUCUUGUGUACUGUUAGCACUGUUCAUUUUAAUUUUAAAAAUAAAACAAUAAAAGUUCAAAAGAGAGCCUUCUGGAUUAGCUCAUGUGACUGGUCAUAUGGGCUUUACCCUUAAGAGUCUUGUUUUUUUUCAGCCAGCGAUGGACUCCGUUCUCAUUUUCUGAAUGAAUCGUACACCUGUCUCUCACUUCAAAAUGCGGUUCCGUGGUCCCGUCCUGUUUCUUGACUUAAAAGCCAAGGCUAACUGACAAAGUGAAAAACAUCCAACAAAGUAUUUCAACCUGCACAUAAGUCACCUUUGAGACAUGUAUUCAUAAUAUUUCAUUCUUCCAUCUCAAGUCUGCAGAAAAGUGGGUGUAGUCUGAAGCUGUUUUUCAUACUGACUUGCCUUAGCUGUACUUGUGCCAUUCUAAUGCAGUCCAGUAUGGUGGUUUGCAUUUCAACGGACAGUCUAACCUGCUGCUUAAGUACAGCUGAACAGCCCGAGUUGA